AUGGCCUUCCGACUCCCGAUUCGACGACUGGCGACCUCUGGCCGACGAUGCCUCUCGUCAGAGGCGGCUGCAGCCACCUCCAACCUCCCACGGGCUGCCCAGUCGGCCAUCGCCAGAGAUGCCGCCCUGCCGAAUCCGGAUCCCGCUGAGGACUCCCCGAGUGCGGCCAUGGUGAAGGAGCACCAGAGAUACAUGCUGGCAACAUACGCCCGGCCGCCGCCUGUGUUUGUCCAAGGCGAAGGCUCCUACCUGUGGGACCUCGAGAACCGCAAGUACUUGGACUUCACGUCCGGCAUUGCUGUCAAUGGACUUGGCCAUUCCGAUCCAGGUAUGGCCAGGCUCAUCGCCGACCAGGCCAAGACCCUAUUGCACGCUUCGAACCUUUACUACAACCCUUGGACCGGCGCCCUUUCCAAGCUCCUUGUCGAGAAGACCCUCGAGUCCGGCGCCAUGCACGAUGCCGAGACAGUUUUCGUAUGCAACUCGGGUUCGGAAGCGAACGAAGCGGCGAUCAAAUUCUCUCGCAAGGUUGGCAAGGUGUUGGACCCAUCGGGGGCCAAGCAUGAGUUUGUCUCUUUCCACGGCUCCUUCCAUGGCCGAACCAUGGGAAGCUUGUCGGCCACACCGAAUCCGAAAUACCAGGAGCCCUUUGCGCCGAUGCUGCCAGGCUUCAAGUACGGAACAUACAACGACGUUGCUGGCAUCAACGAGCUGGUCACGGAUAAGACAUGCGGUGUCAUCAUUGAGCCCAUCCAGGGAGAGGGAGGUGUCAACGUUGCGACCGACGAGUUCCUGAUCGCAUUGGCCAGGCGGUGCCGAGAAGUCGGUGCCGUGCUCAUCUACGAUGAGAUCCAGUGCGGCAUGUCCCGAACUGGUAGCUUCUGGGCUCACGGUCAUCUACCUAAGGAGGCCCAUCCCGAUGUUAUCACCACUGCAAAGGCUCUUGGCAACGGAUUCCCCAUCGGCGCCACCGUCGUAAACAACACUGUGAGCGAGAAGAUCAAGAUUGGUGACCACGGGACCACUUUCGGCGGCAACCCGAUGGCAUGCCGACUGGCACACUAUGUGGUGUCUCGAUUGACAGAUCCCGCUCUGCAGAAGGGUGUUGUCGAGAAAUCGGAGGUCUUGAGGAACCGAUUUGCUCAACUCCGAGAACGAUUUCCAGACCUUAUCAGCGAAGUCCGCGGCAAGGGUCUAAUCCUGGGUCUGCAGCUCACGCAAGACCCUACGGCGAUCAUCAAGGCAGCCCGCGAGAGAGGCUUGCUGAUCAUCUCCGCCGGUACCAAUACCUUGCGAUUCGUGCCACCCCUCACUAUCAGCGCAGAAGAGCUAGAAAGUGGCCUGGAUAUUCUGGAGGAAGCCAUUGCAUCGACGCUGUAA